UUGUUUUGAUUACUUCAAAAGAAAUUUACGUCUUUAAUACUUUCUGGAGUACAAAUAUUCUAAAAACCGUCUUGCGUAGUUUUUGACCGUCUCGGCCAAGCAGACUAUACAAAUUACCGGAAACCAAUUGCAUUCCUUUAACUACAAUUAGGCGAAAUGGUGUGUGUGCCUUGCUUCAUCAUUCCCGUGUUACUCUACAUUUGGCACAAGUUUUUCCAGCCUAUAGUACUACCAAUUAUACAACGUUACUGGAAUCCUUGGGAGAAAAAGGACGCUCAGGGCAAUGUGAUAAAGAAUGCUCCGGAAUUUCCAUUUGAGUGCAAAGGAGGCAGCUGCCCAUAUACUGGACCUAAAAACAAAACUCUAGCCGAUGGCGGAAAUGAAAAGUCAGCUGUUGCGAAUGGCGCUUCCGAUGGUACUGAAACAGCAACUAUAGCGGAGACAAAGAAAGACAACUGAAGUUACUUCAGAUUUAAAUAAUAUAAACAUGAAAUUUUUACAAAGCUAUAACUAUGUUUGGGCCUCGUCAUUGCAGCAGCUAAAGUACAAACAUAUAUUGUACGGAGUCAUAUGCAAAUAGCCAUAAAUUUAAGUUUAAGAACAAGAAAGCUGAUAAUUGUAGCUGUGGUGUGGGGGCAAAGGUGAAUUCACAAAUUUAAUUCAGUUAUGGGUUGUUAAUAGUUCCCAAUUCCGAAACUUCUUUGUAUAAGAACACUUUAAACAUUUUUGGUAACUAAACAGCAACAAAAUUUUUGGCUGUAAAUAAACUUAUUUCAAAUUAUAGUAUUUCUUUUGACUACUCUUGAAAUUCCUGUUGUAAAUGACUCACUUAGUACUUGCCAUUUCCAAAUAAAAGUCUUGACUGUGAGAUUAUUCAGGAAUUUGCUAAUUUAUAUUUAUCUUAUCUCAAAUUACACCUUUGUUUUUUUUUAUCAUUUCCACUUGCAUUGUUUAUGUUGUAACAAGAUUCACCAUAAAUUCUACAUGAUAAAAGUUUAUAUUAUAUUACAUAGCAAAUUCUGUGCAGCUUAAAUAAAAAGUUUAUUGUUUAAGUUUAUAUAAAUUA